CUGGUGUUUAGCAUUUUGGCAAUGUGUAUUUGCUUACUUUACUAUUUGGUGUUGAACUUGGUGUUCCUGAUACAUGUGUUUUGUUUUCUUUAGAUAGUCUUAUUGUUAUUUAUUCCUUUUAAAUGUUUUGAGGCAUUUUGAUUGUUAAGAUGCAGGGAUGGUCAGCAGAACCAAUUUAUAAGCAUUCAGCCUUGCACAUGACGUUAUAUGGGGAAAAGCCUGGGGAUUUGACUAUACCUUUGAGGUCAGGCUCGGAUGAAAUUUGUACUCGUAAAUAUCUCCCUCUCGCUCCUGUCUUCGCUCACAUUGUGUGUGGAAAGCCACAAUGUCCUGUACCAGUUCAAUGGUCCGAAGAAAACCUUGAUAGCAAGCACUCUUGCAAGUUAUUAGAGUUUGUGCCAGUUAGGUGUGGAUGUGCUUGGACUGUGUCUAUUUCUCAAGAGACCUUAAUGGUAGCUCUUAGUGCUUUUAUCAGCAAGACAAAGCUGAUGAUUUUAGGAUCUUCUGGACCAAGACGAUGAUCCAGGGCUUCAGGAGUCUACUAGAAGACCUUGCUUGGUUGAUAUAUGCCUGUGUGUCAGCAGAUGAUGGCGAGAUCAACUACAAUGGCGGCUAAGCAUUUCGCAUCAGUUGCUAUGAGGCUUCCUCCUCUGCCAUCCACAAGUGAUCUUGUCAGGCUCUACAAAUUGCGAGCCAUUAAGCAGCUCAGUCAGAACUUCCUGAUGGAUGCCAAAUUAACCAGCAAAAUAGUGAGAAGCAGUGGUCGUGUGAGGCACUGCCAUGUGUGUGAGGUAGGGCCUGGACCAGGAAGCAUCACGCGUAGCAUACUCGAGCAAGGGGCAGAACACUUAACUGUUAUAGAAAAAGAUCCACGAUUCUUGCCUUUGUUGGAAUUGUUACAGGAUGCAUGUGGUAAGAGACUAGACAUUCAGGUGGGAGAUGUCAUGACUUACAAUAUGGAAAAAUUGUUCCCAGAGGAUUUAGCACAGCCUUGGGAUGGUCAGCUUCCCAAGAUUCAUCUCAUUGGUAAUUUACCCUUCAACAUUGCAACCCCUCUAAUCAUCAGAUGGCUAAAGGACAUUAGCUUUCAGCAAAAUGCCUGGAGAUAUGGACGUGUGCGGAUGACACUCACUUUCCAGCGAGAAGUGGCAGAGCGCAUGAUAGCUCUUCCAGGUGGCUUACAAAGAUGUCGUCUUUCAAUUAUGUGUCAAAAUUGGUGUUCUGUGGAUCAUAAAUUUACAAUUCCUGGCAGAGCUUUUGUUCCAAAGCCGGAUGUAGAUGUGGGUGUUGUUCAUUUUGUUCCACGUAUUGAGCCACAAAUUCCUCUAGAUUUUUGGUUAGUGGAGAAGGUUGUUCGUUGCAUUUUCUCAUUCCGUCAGAAACACUCAAAAAGGGGAGCUGGUUUGCUAUUUCCACUGUCCCAUCGAGAUGAAAUGGUCAGAAAGAUGUUCACAGUCAGUGAGGUUGAUCCAACCCUAAAGCCAUUUGAGCUCACAGUCCCUGAAUUUAACAGACUCUGCCAUGCAUAUGCUGCAAUAGUUGAACAGAUACCUGCACUGGCUAGAUUCAAUGCAAGAGAACAAAAGUCAUCCAUAUGUGACUUUGAUGAUCUUUUAGAAUGUGAAAGUUAGACAACAUGAGAAAAAAAAUUGUGUUGUUCCCUAGGCAAAGAUUCUUAAUGAAGUAUUUGCUUGAUAUAGAUUCUUUGAAAUGAUAAUGUCUGCUAGUCAAAUUAUACAAUCUGUGAUGUUAUAAUCUUGUAAAUAAAUUGAGGACAAGAGAACUCAU